GAAAUAAAUAGCCCAACACACACUGUCGGGAGGCAAAUGAAUGGAGCAGAGCGACGGGGGGAUUUCCCCACUCUGCCUUCACACCAAUGGAUCUGGACUUAAGUUUUGAAGUGGACAACUUCAGUUUGGCCAAAUAGUUUUUCUUUGAAAUACUCUUUACUUUUUUUUUUUUUUUUUUUUUGUGCGACAAGAUCAUCUGCAGAGAGCUUGAAAACGGAACACUGAGUGGAUUUUCACCCUAAUAUAAUUGACAUAAUAUAUAUAUUUGGCCGAAGGAUGUGUUCAAUUGUGCUGCUUCAUCAGUGGAGUCUGGCUGUGUUCCUUCUCUGUUCCCCGGUGACUCUGGACGGCAGACCAGUCGACGCAGCCGGUGGCAGAACGAGGAGAUCAGUGAGCCAUGCCCAGCUGAUGCACGACAAAGGGCGCUCCCUGCAGGAGUUCAAGCGUCGCCUGUGGCUGCAGGAGCUGCUGGAGGAGGUGCACACGGCCGACGACCAAGCGCCAUCUGUGCAGAGCAAAACCUCAAGUCAGACCUACAGCGGGAAUGCCCUUCACCAAAAGCCUCCAGGGGCCGCCAAAAACCUGCCCGGCAGGUUCAAGCUGGACAGGGAGGGCCCCAAUCUGCCCCAGGAGACCAACAAGUCUCUGGCCUACAAGGACCAGCCGCUCAAAGUGGCCACCAAGAGGAAAAAGAAAGUGAGGUUGGGCCGACGCAGGGAGAGCGACAAGAGACGGAGACGCGCGCGCUCCGCCGCCAGCCUCACGAGGGACACAGUACCAAGUUGAAAUAGAACCAGUAUAUUUUUUUUUAAACUACGUGGUACUGCACUAAGACGCUCACACAGUUCCAGCUGGACUGAGGACAGACUUGAACCACAGACGACUACGUCACGGUCACAUGGAAGGAGCUGUGCUUUGUAUGAUAGUAUUUUGUGUGUGUGUACAGUUCUGAUCCCGUCUCUGUCGCCCCCGGAGAUUCAACAGCGGGUUCUAACGUCUCCUGAAUAAACGCAAAAAAAAAAACCAAAGAAUUUCAGCUCAGCCUCAAAGUGGAGGGAAUAACAAUCCUGCCAAUAUUCGACCAGAAAAUUCGAUAACGGUUGUUCAUUUGGAACGACCGGGAGCCGCAGUUUGAGCGUUCAAACAGUUUGGAUUGAAGUGUCCUGCCGUAAUUUAUUUCACUUUGAGAGUGUAUAUUUAUUUUGUGAAUGUAUCCUGGUGCUGCUGACUAAAUUCCGUUGUGCACUUUAGUAAUAUCCUGUAAAUGUUCACUUGUGGUCGACUUUUAUUUUGAUGACUCUUUGCUCUCCUUCCUUCCUACCCCGCCCCUCGCGGACCUGUAACUUAUUGGAUGCUACAUCGAACCCACUCUCCUUUUUUUUUUUUUUUUUUUACACUAUAGUUUAUUUUUUAUAGAACAAGCCCGAGCGGAGGGCUGCAUCAUUCAUUUAAUGUUCUACUCUUGCACUGAGAACAUAAUGUACAUGUUUCCAGUUAUUCAAACAUUAAAGAUAUAGUCCCUUAGAAAUCACUUGGAUUCACGGUGUCUUUGUUCACCAGUCUUGUUUU